AAGAUCGUUGCUCGGCGGGCCAGCUCAACACGGCUUCUGUUGCUCCCUAGUGACACACGCUGCUCAAUCGCCAUUAAAUCAGCUGAUCGCCACAACACCCGUGUCUGUGAGCGGGUUUGGCAGUGGGAAGAGUCAUUUUUCACAGCAGAGGGCUGAACAAGCGACACAGCCGGCUCUGUGCUCCUCCAGCUGCUAGGUCUUGUGUAACUAAUACCCGUUCCUGCAGUAGUUUUUUAUUCUUGCCGCUCGGCAUUUUUUAUAGAUAGAGAGGAGAUUUCUAUCAACCUGCCACUACAUGCACACAUAGCAACGAUACGUUUGUAUAUAAACGGAGUAUUUAUUCGCAUCCAUUCCUCUCGUCAUGGAGCAACGCAACUCGACCUAUCCUGUCAAACUGUACAUUUACGACCUCUCCAAGGGGAUGGCACGGCAGCUUAGUCCUAUAAUGCUGGGCAAACAGCUAGACGGCAUUUGGCACACCUCCAUCGUGGUCUACGGGGAUGAGUUCUUCUUUGGGGGAGAGGGGAUCUCCAGCUGCCCUCCGGGCGGGACCAUGCUGGGCCCUCCCAACACGGUGGUGGACCUGGGCAACACAGAGGUGACUGAGGAGAUCUUCAUGGAGUACCUCUCCUCUCUUGGAGAGUCCACCUACAGGGGGGAUCGUUACCGGCUGUUUGAGCACAACUGCAACACCUUCAGUAACGAGGUGGGUCAGUUCCUGACGGGGAGGAAGAUCCCGGCCUACAUCACUGACCUGCCCUCCGAGGUCCUGUCCACGCCCUUCGGACAGGCGCUGAGGCCUAUCCUGGACUCCAUCCACAUCCAGCCCCCCGGAGGGAACAUCAUCAACGGACACCAGGGGCAGAGCUAGAGAGCGCCGGACCCCACGCGCCGGGGAGACUGUCGGGGGGGGGGGGUGGGGAGGCAGCCAGCCCUGAUCCCAGCGAGCCGCGAGGAGCUCCCAGGGUCCCAUUCCGAAAUCCGGGCCCCCAGGGGAAGCAGCAGGCUCUCCGAUCUUAGGAAUAACUGGACCAAUCAAGGAGGCUGCUGAGGCCCCGGUGAUGUAUAAGAUCUGAUAUUGUACAUCAGUCCAGGAUCUGAAAGGUCUUAUAUUCUGUACCCGUCCACGAUGUAUAAGAUUCUAGAUCUAUAAGAUCUUGUAUUUUAAUUCUGUCCAAGACCUGAAGGAUCUUAUACUGUAUACCUAUCCAAGGUCUAUAAGAUCUUGUAUUUUAAUUCUGUCCAAGACCUGUAGGAUCUUGUAUCGUGUAUCUAUCCCGGAUCUACAAGCCCCGGAGGUCUGUGGCUCCCCAGGACCAGGGCUGGCAUUAAGUCUUUAAAGGGUUCGGGGAAGGGUGGGAGUCUGGGGGACGUGGGGGUGUGGGGGGCGUUUUUAGGGUUGUAUUUUUGAAGCUGUGUCAUUGCCUUGUCAACGUUUCAUUGUAAUACAAAAAAAAACUGACGGGAGAGACGGACGAAGACGAGAGGAGGUGGGGGGGGGGUCGCAAAGGGCUCCCCCCUGACCCGCCUAAGGGUCAUGCCCGGGGUCAGAGGUCAGGUCUCAGAACGGGUGGUCGGUGCUGGAUCUCCAGAGGCGCUCCGAAGACGUCCAGGGGCUGUGGGUGUGAGGUGCUUCCCACUGGUGACCAACAGGAAAUCAGACACGCCCUUCGUUAGUCAACCCAUUGAUUAGUUGAUUGAUUGAUUGACCAUUGACUUCAAACCUUUCUGGGUUGAAACCGUGGGAACAGACGAGGACUUUGUGGUCUUGAUUUUUUUUUGUAAACAGUAUUUAUUAAUGAUCUAUUUAAUAUACUGUACGUUCUUUCUUCUCUGUAAAUGCCCGGCCGCGUCGCGCAGAGGGGGGGCUGUGUUGGAGCCCGUUCGAAGGAAUCGCAGGCCGAGCUGCUCGUGAGAGACCGCCCUCGGUGAGCCGAGGUGUGCAGGUGCAUGAUGGUCCUGAGACCGUGAGCGCGAUCCUAGAUGAGAGGAGGCCCCUGGGCCCACCUGGGUCGUGUGUGUGUGUGUGUGUGGCGGUCAUCGUCGUGGAUACCAGGGAUUCGGACAGGUGGGAGCAGGCGGGCCAGGUGAUUUAACCCCAGCAGUGGGGAUGGGCCGGAGACGGGGCUCGCCAGCGCCACCGUGGGGGUGAAAGAAGACCCGGUUCUGGCCAGGGUCCGGCCCCAGAGGGCUGUGAGGCCCCAGCCGUGUCGGGGGAGGAAGCGCGACCCUCCUGCGGCCCCCCCGAGAUUCGGCGAGCAGGGAUCCCGGAACGGGCCGGACGCAGGGGGGCGGCCAGGUGCACUGACACUAGAACCCAUCGCGCUGCCAUAUUUCAUAUCUGUAUAUCUUUGUGUUUGGGGACUGGUCUAGCUUUAUUUGUGACAUUGUUUUGACUUAAUUCUUUGUCAUGUUCCCUUCUUAUUAUAUUAUAUUGUUGUUGUUAUUAUUACUAUCGAGCAAUUUGUAUGCUUUCGAACAGUAUGUGCAGCAAAGCCAUGAAUCCAGCUGAACCUGUCUGACCUGUGACCUGUGACCUGUGACCUGUGCUGCAGGGCUCAGCGGCUGCUCACCGUUCUACAUUAAAGCUGAAACUCUC